UGAUCUCUCUGACUGUAUCUGAAAAAUCAACGAUAUUGUAGCUAACUAACUCCGAGCUCGGUGUUCACGGCGUUCUUAGGAAUUCCAUCUCCGGAGUGAGUCCGAUACUCGUCUUUCUCCGAUUUUGAAGCCGUCAAUCUUCUUUUAUCAGGCACGACUCUUAUUCUUCCUCCUUUUCCAUUUUAUCCUGUAAAUGAUGAUGCUGUAUAUUCUAGCUUAUCGUCAUUAAUAUGGUUUUCUUUGAUCCGGUUGCUAAAUUUGAUAGUGGAAUUCUCUUUUUCUGUAAUUUAUGUCUUGUCUGUCUCGAAUUUGUGAUCAGCAUUUUGGAGUUGUAUCUGAAAUUGGAGUGAAGGAAAUACCUAGGCGUAGGUUUUCUUGGCAAGAUUGUGGCGGUGAGAUUAUGGAUGGGAAUAAGGACGAAGGUUUAAGAUGUAUUCGUAUAGCGGAAGAAGCAAUUGCAUCGGGCAAUAAAGAGCGAGCAUUAGGAUUUAUUAAAAUUGCCCGGCGCCUUAAUCGGAGUUUGCGAGUUGAUGAGCUUUUGACGGCUUGGGAAGAAAUCGACUCAGGAUUACCUUCUUCGUCCUCUGAUGAGAAACGCGCGGGAAAAGUUGAGAGUGUUUUUGGAUGGGUGAAACAUGUGGAUGGUUUGAGUGGGGAACGUAAUUACGCUAUAGAACACGUUCAAUUGGUUAGGCAGAUAAACGCAACCAAGGACUAUUACAGAAUUCUUGGCGUGGAUAACGCUAGUUCUGCUGAAUAGAUUUAAGUUGUAACAAAUUAACUCCUAGAUCCCACAUAGGUUGCGAAGCAUUUUUUAUAAAGAUGUGGAAAUUUCUCCCUAGCUCAACAUUUUAAAAACAUUGAGCUGAAACUCGAA